GCGGUGGAUGCCCGCGCGCACCAUGCGGGCUGUUGCGGUGCUGCUGACAGCCGCGUGUGCCGCAGUCUCCGCGCAAAUCGCAUGGACACCUAUCUUUUUAGAUGCCAGUAGCCAAGUCGACCUUUGGACGCAGUCAUCAUCAGGCUGUGCGUGUCCCAGUGGGGGUGAGGACUGCGCGUGCUGCGUCCGCGACGGAGCUUGUCCUUGCGGAGAUGUUGCACCUACCAGAUGCUCACAGUGUGGCUUGGAACAGUACUGCUCUAACAUGUGCAACAUAACAAUAGACUCCCGGGUCCUCAAGAAUAAAUCUGGCAAAACAUUCGGCCAGAUAAAGUCUCCAUCCAUCGAGGGUCCCGGUGCUUGUUCUUACGUCCUACAGCCCGAUGCUGGGCAACGUGUGGAGAUUCAGCUGUAUCGGCUUGUCUCCGUUGGUAGAUUUAAUGGUUCGAGUUGUAUAGGCGGAUGGUUGCAACUGGGAGAUGGAAGUGCUGUCCAAGACGCCACUGGUACUGCUCAAACCAGAUUGUGCGGAAUCAACGAGCGGUAUACCCCGCCUGUAGUACUCUUCGCCGACCACGGAGCAUCGGUACUAGAUUUUAGGAUAACAGAGAAGACAAUACGGUCACAGUUUCUCGCCUUCUUCAGUUUUACUUCUCUAAGCAACACACAAGGAGUUGGGUUCCAUCCAAGAGGCGGCUCAAGAAUUCCUCAUACAGACUGUGACUGGCUGUAUCAAGACGUCUCCUGUCGUGGAUCUGGCACAUGUGUCUUAGCAAGCCCGGGUUACCCUGGCUUGUACCCACCACACCGUCGCUGCCGCUACCUCUUUGCUACAAAUUCCGUUCAUACGCGAGUCAAGAUAAUUUUUACUUCCAUUAUGCUACCAAGAAACCAUUGUGCCACGGACUAUUUAACGUUGCGGGCUGGCAGUUCGCCCUCGGCAUCGCUGCUCGCGUCACUCUGCUCCGAGAGAAUCGCAACGUUGGAACAACCCGGGCCAAAUCUAUUGUUGGAGUUCAAUUCUGGACCACUAGUCCCACCAUACGACUACAAUGGAUUCAUUGCAAAGCUGGAAUUCCUGGAAAAAAUUGACACAAGUGCACCACCGCCUACAGUUGCCGCUGCUUCGCCACCUCUGGCGGCGCUAACACAUUUAACACAUGGUGAGAGAAACGCUCUCGCGGAAAACGACGCAGCUGCAAAUGAGAUAUCGACCAAUAAAGGGGGUCACAUUGGCUGUGGGGCCACAGUACGAGGCUAUGGCGCGGGUGGCAUUCGCUCCGGGCAUUUUGAUACAAGGACCACAGCGUGGAGAUCACAAUGUGUUAUACAUUUAGUUGGAAUUCCAACAGACGUAGUCCAAGUGUCGCUAUUUAAUUAUAAUAUAAGGCUUCAAAGUUGUAGAUCUCAUAUUGAGAUCUUGGAAGGCCUCCACGAAUUUGGUGCAAGAGGAGAAAGAGGAGAUAGGUUCGAAAGAGGGGAUAGAGCUCUUUUACGUGUAUGCGGUCCAUCUGUAAGAGAAGCAAGAGAUCCUUCUGGAAGGUUUCUAUUUCGUCAAGCUGUUACAUCGAAAGGUUCAAACUUGACGUUAUUGGUGAGAAGAGCGACAACACAAAGUGUCGACGAAGAAGAGUUCGUAGACGGAGCCUUUGCUUUCUAUGAUGAACAGCACGAGGGCACGGUGUCACCUGAUGCAACGUGCGCUUCUACUCAUUAUGGCUUAGCAUCGCCCGCUCAUGGAGGAGUGUCUGCCCCUUCACAUCAUCAUAUGUUUUGGAAUAUCGAGGAAAGGCUAAUGUGUACACAUCGGUUUAUACCCGCCUCCAAUCAAAGUGUUACGAUUGAGAUCCAGCACCUUGACCGAAUGUGGAGUGCGGAGCAAACUGGCAGCGUAGUUACGGGUGCGGGUGGUUGUCGAACUGCUUGCGGCGAUGCAGGUUGCGAAUGCCGUGCGGCCACACCUCUGCAGCAUCACGACCACGUGGCUCUUGUGGCAGGGGACGGCACCCAUUUAUCCUGUCUUUGUGGAGACUUUCAGGCUGCUUGGCUGCCAGUGGUAGUCAGGAGUUGGACUAGCCUGAGGUUGGAGUACUCUGUAGCACACUACACGUACGCAAGUCGAGGAUUUGAUUAUGCAGCCGCAUAUAGCUUUAAUGACGACGCGAUGUGCGGCCAACGUACUUACACAACGCACUCUGGAGAAAUAUCAUCAAGAAAUGUGUCCGUCACUGGCAGUUUGAAUGAAUUUUUCUACCAACAAUGCACCUGGGUCCUAGAUUCAAAUGUCGAACGUCAACUCUACAUUGAUAUUUCCUCAGAACAGGAUAAGUCGUGCAGCUCGUGGAAUAUUACGCUUCACGAAUGGUCGGGAAUGGGUGCACACAGCGACGGGGGGCUGGCUGCGUCCGCCGGCGAUCUGCUUUAUACCUUCUGUGCGAGACAGAAGAAUCAUACUUUCACUUUGCCGUGGAGACUUAACACCGUUGUUAUAAGAUUAGUUGCACUAUCGCGUCAGCAGCCACUUUACACCAUCCGCUGGAGGUCACAAGUGGUGCGCGCCAACAAUCGUCUGGGUCCGCCCACACCCGUACCAGCCGCCUCUGCCAAGGCCUCUCGCUUUGAUCACAUGAUUAUAAAUUAUCUAUUACUCUUCUUACUUUGCGGAUUUAUUGCCUCAGAAUAUUGUUGUUAUAAAAUGACCUUGUUUGCAUUAGGUGAGAGGUUCUAAAAGUAACAUUUUUGUUCUCUAAAGAGUAAAGAAACAACCUUUGUAUUCGUUCGACAUUGUAAGCUGUACCCGCAACAAUUACUCGGCUAGCUUGGCCUCAUUCACCGCGUCCCACCUUGAGUUAAUGCCUUCUUUAUUAUUCUCUUUACUUUGUGGACUUGGGGGGGUUCAAGGUUUUAUAUAAAAUGCUGACAAUGUUUUUGUUUCGUGAAAAACCAUUUUUGUUUGUCUUGUUUGCCGCUAUACGUUGUAUAAGGAACAAUACUUCCUCGCUCCACCGGUUGUAUGCGCGACUGCGUCCCGCCUUCAGUUAAGGGCGUUAUGGCUUCUUUUUCAUUUUAUUUACCUCGGGAUGAAAAAGCUUUUUUGUAUAUUGGUGCACACUUUUAAUAUAAAGUCUUAUAAAGUCAUUUUUUUUACACGUUCGCGUUAUGGGUGUUCUCCAAACACAAAUAAUGCUCAGUCACAUCAAUUUAGUUUGAAAGCCAUCUUUCAGUUUAUGGUUUCUUAUUGUUCUUUUUAUUUCAAAAGCAUUUUUACAAAGUUGUGUGACAAAAACUUUAUUUCGUGUAAAAGUUAUUUUAUUAUACACGUUCCACGUUUACGUAGGUAACAAAAGUUUGCUCACACAAGACAACGACUGCAUGCGCCAACCGCUGCAUUCCAGCUCGAGAUAAUGACUUCUUUAUUAUUCCCUUGGGUUGCUUGAAGAAAAAGUUCUCUCAUAAAGUUUGUAACAAGGAUUUUUGAGUAAAUGUUAUCUUCUUUACGAUACUUGUGUAUUGCCGCAACAUUUGCACAUUAGUUGUAUUGUUUUAUUCUAAAACCAAUGUCAAGAGUUGCUUAAACUUAUGAAGAUAAUGAAACGAAGGAGGCAGAUUACAACACCGCUCAAGUACACUUGCAGGUAUUAUAUGAUCGCGUGGUACUUUAGAUAAUUAAUCGGCUAUUUUAUAGUGGUGACUGUUUAUGUGUAACUUAGUGAUAAUAAAUAUAGUGAAUUGAGUAUGUAUACUGUACAGUUAUGAAAGUGAGGGCGUGUACAUAUUUUCUAUAUUGUGAUCGAUGAUACAGAACGUUCCAAACGUGUCGACUGUUGACUUAUGAACAUUGAAUGUGAAUUUGAUAACAAUGUGAAAUCAGAAAUGGAACUUUUGUUAGCAUUCUACUGGUAAAGUGAAUCGAAAAAUAAAUAUUGUGCUUGCGUAUUA